AUGCUCCUAGAAACUCGAAAUAUUGUCCUUUGGAAUAGCACCUCGACCUCUAAUAUGGUCGCCGAUGUGUCUUACGACAUGUUCCUCGCUUCUUCUCCUGACGGUCAUGAGGAGAUCGAGGUUAUUGUGUGGCUUGCUUCCUUCGGUAGUGCGGGCCCGAUCUCUAGCACCGGUAAGGCUAUCGCUACAGUCUGGAUUAGUGGCCACGAGUGGGAUUUAUGGGUCGGUCCUAAUGGUAAAAUGACUGUCUACAGCUUCGUCGCUAGGUCUACUAUUACGAACUUUGGUGGUAACAUGUUGGAUUUCUUCAAUCACCUUGUCUACAACCAUGGUGUGGACAAUAACAAGUACUUGAAGACUAUCCAGGCUGGCACUGAGCCUUUCACCGGCACUGCGAAGAUGACCGUUGACAAUUACUGGAUUGAGCUUCAUUAA